AUGGCUAGCACGGACAACGCCAAUAAUAUCACUCCCAUGCACGACCUGAAGACCGACUCCGAAAAGGCUGCACAGCCAGAGUCCGAUCUCGAUGGCGAGACUGAGCGGGGCCUUGAAGACGCCGGAAGGCCAAUUUCCGGCGACAAGCCUGGCGAUGCCACAAAAUUGGAAGACGCUGGCCCCCCCGACGGCGGCGCCGCUGCAUGGUUGGUCGUGCUGGGAGCGUGGUGCUGCUCCUUCUCCAGCCCGGGCUGGAUAAACAGCGUGGGCAGCUUCCAGGAGUAUUACGAAGUGGGACCUCUGAAAGACUACUCCAGCAGCACCAUUGCCUGGAUUCCGUCGCUCCAAAUCUUCUUUCUGUUCGCCUUAGGGCCUGUCGUCGGCAUAAUAUUCGACAACUACGGACCGAGGCCGCUCAUCAUUGGCGGGACGCUUCUUCACGUCUUUGGCCUGAUGAUGGCGUCGUUGGCGAAGACGUACUAUCAGUUCAUCUUGUCCCAGGGAAAGCGCGGAGCAGCUAUGGGUAUCAUGGUGACAGGCUCAUCAGUCGGCGGCGUCAUCUUCCCUAUCAUGAUCAGUAGCAUGAUCCAGAGCACCGGGUACCCCUGGGCCAUGAGGACUGCGGCCUUUCUCAUCCUCGGCCUGCAGAUUAUUGCAAUCCUCACAGUCCGCCCGAGAGCAAAGCUCGCGCCCAAGAAGAUGCCCGCUGGCCGCUUCGCUGCACCCUUCAAAGAGUUCCCGUUUGUUAUGUUGCUGCUGGGCAUCUUCGUGCUGACCUAUGGCAUAUUCAUCCCUAUCGACUAUCUGGCUGUGCAGGGGUUUGAGGACGCGCACAUGUCGGAGGAGAUGGCACAAUACUUGGUGUCCAUCUUCAACGCCGCAAGCCUUUUCGGCCGUCUAGUCGCCGGUUAUGGCGCCGAUAGAAUCGGAAGAUGGAAUAUGUUCAUCAUCGCUUGUAGUCUUUCUGGAAUUGCCGAGUUCGCCGUCUGGAUCCCCGCCAAGCACUCGUCCAUCGCCAUCGGCUUCGCCAUCAUGUUCGGCUUUGCGUCAGGAGCCUUUAUAGGGCUUUCCGGCGCCCUUCCCGUCUCGGUGUCCCCCCUGCCCGAGAUCGGCUACCGGCUGGGCGUAGUCUUCCUCGCCAUCUCGAUUCCCGCUCUCACCAUGGCGCCCAUCGGCGGAGCCAUCCUGCAAAAUUCGGCCAACGGCUGGUUGGACGUGAAGAUCUUUGGCGGCGUGAUGUGCCUUGCAGGGUCGGCGAUUAUUCUAGUGUCAAGGUUACUCUAUACCGAGAAGAAACUUCUCAAGGUGUUUUGA